AUGUGCUUCUCUCAGAUAUCUCAGAUGAAUGCCAUAUUGAAUGCCAAAGUCAUUCAGAUUCUAAAUUUUUAUCACUUCUCUUUUGUUAAUUCUUUUUCCUUUACUUUUCUUUUCAUCUUUUUCCUUUUCCCUUUUUCUCUCUCAUUUUUUCCUCUCUGGUCUUUUUCCUUUUCUGUUUUUUCUCUUUUGUCUUUUUCAAUUUCUGUUUUAUCUCUCACUUCUUUUUCCUUUUCUGUUUUUCUCUCUCAUCUUUUUUCUUUUCUGUUUUUUCACUCUCGUCUUUUUCCUUUUCUGUUUUUUCUCGCUUAUCCUUUUUCUUUUCUGUUUUUUCUUGCCCGUCUUUUUCCUUUUCUGUUUUUUCUUACCCAUCUUUUUCCUUUUCUGUUUUUUCUCACCCGUCUUUUUCCUUUUCUGUUUUUUCUCACCCGUCUUUUUCUUUUUCCGUUUUUUCUCUCGUCUUUUUCCUUUUCCGUUUUUCCUCUCUUGUCUUUUUCCUUUUCUGUUUUCUCUCUCUUUUUCCUUUUCUGUUUUUUCUCUCUUUUUCCUUUUCUGUUUUUUCUCUCUUUUUCCUUUUCUGUUUUUUCUCUCUUGUCUUUUUCCUUUUCUGUUUUUCCUCUCUUGUCUUUUUCCUUUUUCGUUUUUUCUCUCUCGUCUUUUUCCUUUUCCCUUUUUCUCUCUCGUCUUUUCCUUUUCCUUUUUCUCUCUCGUCUUUUUCCUUUUCCUUUUUCUCUCUCUUUUUCCUUUUUCUUUUUUUGUCCUUUUCCUUUUUCUCUCUCUCGUCUUUUCCUUUUUGUCCUUUUCUCUCUCUCGUUUUUUCCUUUUGUCCUUUUUCUCUCUCGUCUUUUUCCUUUUCCCCUUUUUUUUCCCUUCUCGUCUUUUUCCUUUUCUUUUUCUCUCUCGUCUUUUUUCCUUUUCCCUUUUUCUCUCGUCUUUUUUCCUUUUCCUUUUUUUCUCGUCUUUUUCCUUUCCCUUUUUCUCUCUCGUCUUUUUUUCCUUUUCCUUUUCUCUCUCGUCUUUUUCCUUUUCCUUUUCUCUCUCGUCUUUUCCUUUUCCUUUUUCUCUCUCGUCUUUUUCCUUUUCCCUUUUUCUCUCUCGUCUUUUUCCUUUUCCCUUUUUCUCUCUCGUCUUUUUCCUUUUCCCUUUUUCUCUCUCGUCUUUUUCCUUUUCCCUUUUUCUCUCUCGUCUUUUUCCUUUUGUCCUUUUCCUUAUUUUUCUCUCCUCUUCUUAUUCUUUCAUCUUUCUCCUUAUUUUUCUCUUAAUUUACUUUUUUAA